AUGAAUCAUGACAGCACAAGACAAGAUGGACUAUUCGCCAUGGCCUACCUCGUCAUCACAUAUCCCAUGUUUUCAUUACGUUACCUGGAUUCUCUCAUAGCUUCUAUGGUCCCGUCUAAACAGCGUGACUGCAUUCGAGCUAACGAAAUUUUGAGCAAGUCCUGGUGGACGUCGACAAUAUUUUUUCAUUGGUGCAUCGGUCCAGUUGCUACUCUAGUUCACUCCAAGUCUUCGCUGGUCCUAUGUUGGCGGAUCCCGAAGUUUAGCGCCUCUGUACUGCAACUUUGCCUGUCCAACUGUGGUCCCGGAUACGUUGUUGGCAAGAUGAUUCUAUUGGAAAAGGUUAGCGCCAUCAAAAAGGACCUGAUUGUCUUGAAUCAAGUUCGCGCCAAGUUCCAUGUGAAUUCAAAUGAUGCUCUUGGGAUUACAGGGAACUUUCCAAGACGAUCACAGGUAGCCACCAUAAGGACCAUACUGCAACUUUGCCUGUUCAACUGUGGUCCCGGAUACGUUGUUGGCAAGAUGAUUCUAUUGGAAAAGGUUAGCGCCAUCAAAAAGGACCUGAUUGUCUUGAAUCAAGUUCGCGCCAAGUUCCAUGUGAAUUCAAAUGAUGUGAAACUGUACGAACCCCCGUUUCGUUGUCAUUUACAGGGAUUGGACUAA